AUGUGUAUUUUGCAGCAAGCGUUCUUGAGCCACGAUCUCACUUCUGUCAAAAAGUAUGGUGCUAGCGGACAUAUCUCUGUUUACAAUCUAAGCACAGCUCUGGAUCAUAAUAUAUGGAUUCAGACUGGACCUCCUGAUCAUAUUAGCAUCAUUGCAGCCGGUUGGCGGGUCGAUCCGGGGCUGAAUGGCGACGGUGUUACUCGAUCAUUUUCAGAUUGGACAAGCGCUAUUGGUAACAGGGAGAUGGUUUCCGCGAUGGUUGCUUCAACACAUUAUGCAGAGGUAAAUAGAGCAUUAACUCCCAGUCAUCCGAUAACCCCAGUUUCUCGAUAUGGCGGACCCAUAUAUGAAAUCAGAAUCGAAGUCUCGCAGGUUACUUCAGUUUCUUUUCUACGUGAAAUCAAUAAUCAUUCGGCAAAUGAGAACCUGAACGUGAUACUUAUGAUAGAGCCUCCAUUGUUGUCGCUGUCCAUGUCGUCGCAGGAACUGACUGGGAACUGGUGGCUCCGCGUUCAUGACCCGCCGAUCAGCGUGGGCUACUGGCCGAAGGAGCUGUUCGUGAACUUUCGCAAAGGCUCGCUGCACGCGGCGUGGGGAGGGGUCGCCAAAGAAGGCACGGCCGGGUACUGCCCGCCCAUGGGCAACGGUCAGAUGCCGGAUGCGGAUACCCGGAAGGCAGCUUACCUCAGGAAUGUCCGAUGGGUGAAUGCCAAGAGAGAGAGUCUGCCUCCCGGCGGAAGGAUAGCCGAGGUCGUGGACACGCCCGGAUGUUAUGGUGUGCUGGAUGAGAAACUCAAGCCGGAUCCAUGGGGUUACGGUUUCAGCUUCGGUGGUCCGGGAGGAUACUGCAGAUCAUGA